CACGACUGUGCAGCUCCUGCAUGCGACGCUCACCGCUCUUUUGUCACGUCAGUCAAGCAACAUCUAGCUACUCAGACUCCUGCCCAAAAAGCGGCGCGAGCCGCUGGGCGUCCAGGCAUCCCCACACCACCACCACCUCCUCCUCAAAGCACACAAGGCGAUCGACUCGCAGCACCUGCACGCUCGCUCGCACCUGGAGCUGUCACAAGUGCAAGGCUUGCCGCAAUGGGAGCCAAUGUACCAGCCGGUUCGCUGCUAGACGUCGCAGGGACGCCCAUCUUUGCAUCCUCUGCCCUGUCCAGAAGCGCAUUGGGACCAUCGAGCGCUAGCAUAUUCCUUCGGGUGGCCAUCACCCCUAAUGAUCAGGUACGAUACAAGACAACGCUUCAGGUUCCAUCUGACAUGUACCUCGCCGAUGUUCUCGAGACCAUCUGUCGCAAGAGACAUCUCGCGAGUCCCGACGAGUGGGCGCUUGUGGUCCCAGAUAAGGACAUCGUCGCGCCUCUGGACCGUACGGUGGAGAGUUUGCGAGGAAAUCAUGAUCUUGCCUUGGUUCGACGCUCCACUCUUGGAGCUCAGGGUGGCUUUGGCGCGCUAACAGGAUCCAGCACCAAUCCGAAUGCUUCUAUCUUUAAACGACUUUCGGAGCCUGUGCAGCCACGCUACAACAAAGCUAAGGAUUUGGCUGCCACCUACAAGACCUUCACAGUCAACCGCAAGAUGCCUAUGUUUGUUGGUCGCCACGAGAGAACGCUCACCUUGGACGGGGACUGGGUCCAUAUCAUGUGCGUUGCACUUGACAAAUUAUUAGCGUGCAGCGAACUCUGACACGCGCUUGCUUCUUGCACCAGUCCGACGGAUUCUCGGGCAUUUCAUGCUCAUGCUGCCA